AUGCCUGGGUUCUCGGACUCCUUCUGGACCCCCGACUAUGCCGCGGGCCUCGGGGUGCUAUACGGCAAGUUGCAGCAGGGUGUGGUGGAGAAUAGGCAGAUCUUGACCAUUGCAUCCAUGCGGGCUGAUGCGGAGGAGCAGUAUGGCUUCCGCAUGGGCGAAAUCGCACCGAGUGUGGAUCGAAUGUCCGCCGCAGGCUUCGGCAAGGACGACGGUGCCAGCGUUCGCAAGGCAUAUGAAGGUGUCCGCACUGAGAUGAUCGAGGCGUCCCGAAAUCACCAGAAGAUCGCGAGCAAUAUCCGAGAGUUGGUUGUGGCCCCGUUCCGGCGCUGGAGCGACCAGCAUGACUACCGCGUUCAAACCUCGCACGAUAACCUGCAAGGACGAAUUAAGGAACAUUCGAAACAGGUGGAGUUGGUCAAAAAGCUGCGCAGCCACUAUUUCAAUAAGUGCCGCGUGGUGGAGGAUUUGGAAGAAGAGAACAAGCUCGCUUUCCAGGAUCCUGACAACAGCCCCAAGCUCAAACCGACACCGAAGAUUGUCUUGCCCACUGCUGAAGAGGAAGAGGAGGAAGAGCCCGUCGAGCUUGGAGAUCGAAUCUUCCCCCGGAGGAAACUUGGCGAAGCUAAAGUGCCCAUUAUCGGCACCUAUCAGAACACUUCGACUGGUGCGGACAUUGUGGAGUAUCUACAGAACCACAUGGGCGCGACCAACCUUGCGCAAGCGGAGAGGAUCGGACAGGACCUAGUGGACAACGGGUUUCUUCGUUUGAUCGGCAACAUGGGAAAUACCUUUGCCAACAGCUCGAAGAUGAACUACCAAUGGCGCCCGAAGGUAUUCAAGAUCACCGGCAUCCCUGAGAAGAAGAGACCCUUGAUGCGUGUCACUUCUGUCGCCUCUAGUGAAGACGGCAGCGAAUCGCCCAUCUCGUCAGUCUCUGAGAUGCUGUCCGGCUGGAACCCUCUUAACAACCCCUAUCCCAAUGAAACUCCCGCAGAAAAACUGCGGAGGGAGGCCAUGGAGGCUGAUGAGCGCUACAAGGCUGCUGUGCGGAGGCUUGACCAGAUCCGGUGCCGCUUGGAGGAGGAAGUCAUUGACAACCUGCGGUUCAUGGAGCAGUGCGAGCUUGACAGGCUGAAAGCCAUCAAGGCUGUGGUUCUUGACUUCUCCGGUGCCAUCAGCAACGUCAUUCCCAACCUCCAAAGUACCGUUGAUAACAUGAUGCUGUACCAAGAGACAAUCCAGCCUCUGGGAGACCUGCGAUAUCUCCUAGAGAAUUACCGCACCGGUGGUUUUGUACCACGGGUGCAAGCAUACGAGAAUUACUAUGGGUCGGUCGAGGAACAAAACUUUGGCGUUGAUCUCGAAGCCCGAGCUCGAGUUGAUCGCAAACGUGUUCCUAUCCUGGUGACAACUCUCCUGACCUAUCUGGACAAUACAUAUCCUGAACUCGAGGGCGACGAGGCUCGACGUGCAAUCUGGCUUCAUAACCCCCCACUUGGGAUUACGCAUCAGCUACGUAACGCUUUGAACAAUAGCAAAGCGGAUUAUCGCGAAAUCCUCCCGAAAUUUGAGAUACCCAUUGUUGCUAGCGUUUUGAAAUUGUAUCUUCUUGAAUUGCCAGACUCUCUUGUUUCUUCCCAGGUCUACGAAAUCGUCAAAACGAUCUAUUCGACCACCGCUCACGAGACCACGGAAGAGGGACGGAUCAAGGUCCUGCAAAGCACACUUGGCCAGCUUCGUCUCGUCAACAUCGCUACACUUGACGCCAUCAUGACCCAUUAUACACGUUUGAUUGAUUUAACCUCGGCCGAUGAACAGUAUAUCACCACUUUGGCCCAAAUCCUGGCCCCUUGCGUUCUUCGGCCUCGCAUUGAGAGCAGCCUGACCAUGGAUGAGCGCCACAGCUACCGGUUGAUCCGUGAUCUGUUCGCUCACAAGGAUGCCAUCUUUGGUGAGCUGAAACGCCAAUCCAGCGCACUAGGCAUCUCUACCUCUAGCCGCCCGCGUGCUAUCAGCACCGACGAGAGCAACCGCCGUGCUGCCAUGGAGGCCCGACAGCGUGCUAUUGUGAACCGUAGCCGGGCAACUAGCCCCGCCCCUGGCUCUCGGCAUCGCCGUGAUCGUUCUAGCGGCCCUUCUGCGUCCACCCGAUUCCCUAUCAAUGUGACUAGCCCGCAAGAACGUCGCACCCCCACCCGCUCCAGCUUAGACGUGCCAGCAAACAACGGUUCGCCCACCAGCGCUGAACCUUCUACCGCUCUGAACACCUAUGCUACAGAGGCCAUUGCCAACGGUACAUCUGACGAGGUCGCUGCCGAAAUUGAUGCUAGUCCCAGUGUUUCCGAGGGUUCGCCAAGCCCUCCUCCACACGACACCGCAUCUGAUGGAUCUCCCACCCCUACACCCACUCCAAUUCCCACAUCUACCGAGUUUGACAAGCGCAGCUCUGUUCCCCGCUCUGUUGGUAGCCGCUCUGCUCGCAAGCCAGGCCUUGGCAGUCUCUCCAGCUUCCCCACCGGUGCCGCGGUUGGUGGCUAUGAGACUGACAGCAAGCGAAGCAGUUAUGCUGAGAGCGAGCCCAAGGGUGUGACAUUGGAGGAUAAGCCGAUGGAUGAUUAA